AUGGCGGCGGCAGCGGUGGCGGGACGAAGGUGGUUCCGUGCCCUGGCGCUCGGCGUGUCCUUCCUCAAGUGCCUCCUCAUCCCCACGUAUCAUUCCACAGAUUUUGAAGUUCAUAGGAAUUGGCUUGCCAUCACUCACAACUUGCCCCUCUCUCAAUGGUACUAUGAAGCUACUUCAGAAUGGACCUUGGAUUAUCCACCAUUUUUUGCUUGGUUUGAAUAUGCACUUUCCCACAUUGCCAAGUACUUUGAUCCAGAAAUGUUGGUUAUCCAAAAUCUAAAUUAUUCCAGCAAUGCAACCAUCUUCUUCCAAAGAUUUUCUGUCAUCUUUACAGAUAUCCUUUUUAUAUAUGCAGUUCGUGAAUGCUGCAGAUGUGUAAAUGGGAAACGAACUGGAAAGGAUAUUAUGGAAAAACCAACAUUUAUUCUUGCUGCUCUGCUUUUGUGGAAUUUUGGAUUGUUAAUUGUGGACCAUAUUCACUUCCAGUACAAUGGCUUUCUGUUUGGGCUGAUGCUUCUUUCCAUUGCCCGACUAUGUCAGAAAAGAUAUUUGGAGGGUGCUCUUCUUUUUGCUGUUCUUCUGCAUUUCAAACACAUCUACAUGUAUGUGGCCCCAGCAUACGGCAUUUAUUUAUUACGAUCCUAUUGUUUUACUGCAAAUAAUGCAGAUGGAUCCCUGAAGUGGAGAAGUUUCAGCUUUCUUCAUGUAACUCUCAUGGGAUUGAUCGUCUGUCUUGUUUCUGCUCUUUCAUUGGGCCCCUUUGUAGUAUUGGGCCAGCUACCUCAAGUCAUUUCACGGCUUUUUCCUUUCAAGAGAGGCCUCUGCCAUGCUUAUUGGGCUCCUAAUUUCUGGGCUUUGUACAAUGCCAUGGAUAAAGCAUUAACAGUUAUUGGUUUAAAAUAUAACUUUAUUGACCCCACAAAAAUUCCUAAAGCUUCAAUGACAGGAGGGUUGGUUCAAGAAUUUCAGCACACUGUCCUCCCUUCUGUGACUCCACUAGCAACAUUAAUCUGUACUUUAGUAUCAAUAUUGCCCUCUGUUUUCUGUCUUUGGUUUAAACCUCAAGGGCCCAGAGGCUUUCUUCAAUGUGUUGUUCUUUGUGCAUUGAGCUCCUUCAUGUUUGGCUGGCACGUGCAUGAAAAAGCAAUACUUCUUGCCAUUCUUCCUUUAAGCUUGUUAUCAGUUCAGAGAGCAAAGGAUGCUGGCAUCUAUUUGAUUCUGACAACCACAGGGCAUUUUUCACUUUUUCCAUUGCUAUUCACGUCACCAGAACUUCCAAUUAAAAUACUGCUUAUGCUGCUGUUUACUGUUUAUAGCUUCUCUUCACUGAAAUCUCUCUUCAGGAGAGAGAGGCAUCUACUUAACUGGCUUGAAACUAUCUACCUCAUGCAACUAGUGCCUUUGGAAAUCUUCUGUGAAAUUAUAUUUCCUCUGACCGCCUGGAGACUGACCUUUCCUUUUGUUCCUCUAUUGUUGACCUCUGUGUACUGUGCUCUAGGUAUCACCUAUGCUUGGCUGAAACUAUAUGUCUCUGUCUUGACUGAACCCGUUCCUGUUAGACAAAAGGCAGAGUAAAGCAAUGUUGUCAGGACCAAUAUCGGGUUAUCCUGUCGAGAGGAGCAUCCAGCACUGUGAGGAGCUGUCACAAGGAAUAGACCUGUUGAUAAGGCAGGGGCUACAACUACCUUAAAUCUGCAUGAUUGGGGGUUUUGUUCCCAAUACCGCUGUACUGUCCAGCUAGAAUACCUCUUGUCAAAAGAGCUCAUGACAAUGACAUGUAGCUUAGUGAGAUGCCAUUAGCCAUGAGUAAACUGUGAAACUUGAUGAAAAGGACCUUGUAUUCAUAUUGGCUACUUAAAAAGUGCAGACUUCCGUCCUGAGGAAAACCCUGGCUUUCUCAUUAAUGUUGUGUUUUAGUGGAGAAAAAAAAACAGAAUGGCAAAUUACAAGGGAUUAUAACUGCAUACUCUGGAAUAUGUAAAUAAAAGACUUUUUUUUUUUCUUGA